AUGAAUGCUACCUGGAAAGUUGAGCCAAACAAGACUUAUUUCGUGAGACUUCUUAACAUUGGUGGAUUUGUCUCUCAGUAUAUUUGGAUGGAAGACCAUAAUUUCACUGUUGUUGAAGCUGAUGGUAUUUAUGUCGAAAAGAAUGAAACUAGUAUGAUUUACAUCACUGUUGCUCAACGUUAUGGUCUUUUGAUUACCACCAAAAACGAAACUGAUAGAAAUUAUGCCUUUAUGACUGCUGUUGAUACUACUAUGUUGGAUUUAAUUCCUGACGCGUUACAAUUAAAUACUACCAACUACAUUGUUUAUAACGAAGAUGCUGACUUACCAAAACCGUUCCCACCUCCUGAUACUUACUUGGACGAUUUCUACUUGAAACCUUUGGAUAACACUACCAUACUUGAUGAUGCUGACUACACUAUUACCUUGGAUGUUGUUAUGGAUAACUUGGGUAAUGGUAUCAAUUAUGCUUUCUUCAACAAUAUUACAUAUGUCAAACCAAAGGUUCCAACUUUGAUGACUGCUUUAUCUGCUGGUGAAUUAGCUACUAACGCUAUGGUGUAUGGUUCCAACACCAACUCAUUCGUCUUGCAACCGAAUGAUGUUAUCGACGUCGUCGUGAACAAUAAGGAUACCGGUAGGCAUCCAUUCCAUAUGCACGGACAUGUGUUCCAGUUAAUUGAAAGACACCCAGAAGUUCCAGACGAUCAGGAACAUGUUGCUUUCAAUGCUUCUGAUCAUGCUGAAUGGCCAGAAAAACCUAUGCAUAGAGAUACAGUUUGGUUAGAGCCUCUAUCAUAUAUGGUUUUGAGAUUCAAAGCUACCAACCCAGGUGUUUGGAUGUUCCAUUGUCAUUUAGAAUGGCAUUUGGAUCAAGGGUUAGCUAUCUUGUUAGUUGAAGAUCCUAUUGGUAUCCAAAACGAUCCACGUCAACAACUCAAUGACAACAGUAAACAAAUUUGUGAAAAGGCUGGUGUUCCAUGGGAAGGUAAUGCUGCUGGUAACAACACGGAUUUCCUUGUUUUGACUGGUGAAAAUGUCCAACAUGCUCCAUUACCAGCUGGUUUCACUGCCAGAGGUAUUGUUGCCCUUGUAUUCUCUUGUAUUGCUGGAAUCUUGGGUGUUACCUGUAUCGCCAUUUAUGGUAUGUCCGACGUUAACGAAGAGAAGGUUGCUCAAGAUUUGGAUGUCGAUGUGGAUAUGGAAGAAUCUGAAGAUUCUGAAACCAAGUAUGCUGAAGAAAGUUGCUCUUCUUAUGCUGCUACUUCCACCAGAUAG